AUGGCGCUUCUGAAGGACCCAAGCACUGUCCUACCCCCAGAAACCUUUACAUACCUGCUCAGCUUCCUCGAGCCACCGGCACUGUCGCGAUGUGCUCGUGUCAGCACCGUUUGGAACGCCAUCUGCACCGACGAGACCCUCUGGCGUCAACUCGCUAUGAGACUAGGAUACUGUCAGGUAGAACGCAUAGCUGAGGAACGAUCGAGCGGUAUCAGGGUCGUGGCCACGGUGCUGCAAGAACAUGAUCCCUCUAGCGAGCGAGCUGCGUCUCAGGAUCUGUUGCAGGCCACAAUUCAGCGCUAUCGGUCCAGAAACACCACAGAGUACUUUGACAACUGCGACACAUGGCGCUUGUUGUGCUGUCAGCUGUGGCGCCUCGAAUGCAAUUGGUCGGCCAAGGAUCAGCACGGUCUUGCAGAACCAUCACAGACACCAUCCUGUCGGGGCUCUGACGAGGAUCGGUCGGAGGCCUUGGAAAUGCCACCGUACUUGCUGCCGCGCCGCCGUGUACUUCACGAAGAUACGUGCGGUGCAGGCGUCUGGAGAUGCAAGAUCGAUCCAGAAGAAAGAACGUACAUCGUCACGGGCCAAAACGGCGGCAUCCAAGUGUUUGACCAUUCCACCAACACGCUUCUCUGGCACAUUGCGAGAACAGCAACCAGACCCAACCCACAUCUUGAGUUCUCGCGCGGUUGGAUGAUCUUCGACCGCCCAGGGAUCGGUCACUUUGAAGUAUGGCGUCGCGAAAAUCUGAUACCAGAUCUCGGACGACCUCCUGAUCGCGGUCACUAUCAGCGCUUUACCGUUCUCAGCUCGACACGCCCGAUUCGAGCGUAUCGCUUCCAGUUUCCGUACCUGUGUGCUGCGAGCCAGGAUGGCUUCAUCCUCAUCUGGAACGUGCCGCAGCAGGAGCUGGUUGAAACGAUUGAUUUCCGCGACUCGCCGCAUCGCGGGGGCAACAUCAACUACAUUGACUUUGACGACGAGUUCGUCUUCCUCAACGGACUCGGCGCCAAAUCUGUCUCGGUAUUUUCGCGGCGUACCAGUCGCAUGGUGUGGAAUAUGGGACAGCAUUUCGCCGCCGGUCAACCACCUCCGUCAACGUGGCGUCUCGAAGAGUACGAGUUCUCUGACGUAUGCCCUCAAACCGCCUUUGUACGACAGCAGCUGGUAAGAGCGCCUCCCAGCCUGUGGCAGGCAGGUCCGAAUAGCAUGAAUUGGGCUCAGUUGACCAUGACGCCGUACCAGAUCUGGUCUGCGGUGCAUCCGGAUCUCAAGACAAAGACGCUGCUCAUCCUCGGCCAAGGGACGGUGUUGUUGGUCAGAGACUACAAAAAGUUCUUCCGAGAUCCCAGCAAGCCACCGGACCUGUUUGUGGAGAUCGAGUUUCAAAACUUGGAGGAGUACUAUCAGGAGCGCAUCGUCGGCGGAGUUGAUGAGGACCUGUCGGAUUUGGGAUGGAACAAUCCGCGCAUGUGGGAGACGCUCGGAGAUGCACAGCUUACAGUUCACGAAGGUAAGGCCGUCGUUGUCAAUGAUCGCGCCUUCGUUCUUGAUCUGGGACAAGCGCAUGAGACGCAGACGCAGCUCAAGGGUUCAUCGUCGUCAUCAGGAAGCAUGUCAGACGGGGCUGCACAACAAGCAGACCUGCCUCAAGAGGGUGACGGCAACGCGAAAGCGGAAUCAGCGUCGGCGGAUGCGGAUGCGGAUGCAGAGGGAAACCCACCCCCUGUCUCUGUAUACUGCGAGUCGAAUCGAUCCACACGUGAUUCGUACCGACAAUGCAGCAGUCUACAGAUGGACGAGACCGGCGUCUACAUGACAUUGGACAGGAACGCCUUUGGUGAAAUGCACUGGGGCGGGGUGUUUGAUACGCUGAUCGAUGGCAAGCGGCUGCUUCUGCACUUGGACUUUUCAGAGCGACCACAGCCCGCCAUGUGCGAGCGUGGGAGCGACUUCGGAUCGAGCCUCGAUUCAGAUGAUACUGCUUCGGAAUCCUAA